UCCCGUCUAAAACGUCUGCUACCUGGGGGCAGGUUGAUGUUCUUUUCGUUUUGUUCGUAAAACUGGAACGACUCACUGACAGGCAGUAAAACCAUACCUCUGGUGUCUACAGCAACGAGCAACAACAAAUAUAACACACUACAGGCGGUUUCUGUAAGUAAAAUAAAGCAACCACAAAGUUUCAAGUCAGGCAAGGAAGCGGGCAAUAUAGGUUAGGUAAGUCAAAACAUAGAUUGCUGCAGACAGUAUGAAAAAUUACAAACUAUUUUUCUCAUAUUCUAUUCUAUUGUUGGCUGCAGCGGAGCGGCGGUAUGUUUUGACCAGUUUUAACGUGCUCCGCUUCAAGCAACAACAAUCAUCUAACCUGAUCCGUGGAUCUAAAAAUACUCACCGUCCAUAAAAUUCUGAGUUAUUCUAUGGAAAUGGGACCACAGUGUGACAUAUGCUUUCUUGACUUCGACUUGGACCGCCAUAGACCCAAGGUCUUACCCUGUGGACACACAGUGUGUAAAGCAUGCGUGGAGAAUCCAGGCUUGGGGACAAAGUGCCCAACUUGCAGGAAGGUCAGUAAACAAAACAAGAAGUAUUUAAUAAGAAACAUAGUUUAUCGUUUAAUGAGGGUAAUCAUUCUGUGCUGCAAACAGGGAGCUGAUGAGACUUUUUAUAUGAGAAACGUUUAAACUCAUUAAUCAAUGCCAUUUGAACUUUAAUGACACUAACAGAAUUUUUAAACGAACCAAUACUAGUUACUGUUUACCAAAACAGAAAGAAUAAGUUCUGUCUCUGUCUCAUGAACAGGAAAUCAUUUGUUCUG